CUUUCAUGCACACAGCAGCUGUAGCCUCCUCUACCACAGAGUUUUCCAGAGCUGUCUCCAGAGCUACAGAUCACAGAGCCGAGUUGGUCUCCUGAACCAACACCAUGGCUGCUACCCCCAUGCACAGCAUUGAACCUCUCCAAGCCAGCACCAUGUCACCUUCACCUAAGCACUAUGAGUGUGACCAGUGUGGAAAGGCCUUGUCUACAGCACACUCCCUUCAAGGGCACAUGAGGAUCCACACUGGUGAGCGGCCUUACAGCUGUGACCAGUGUGGGAAAGCCUUCAGACAGGAGUCUGGUUUAAUAGAGCACCAGAGCAUCCACAGUGGACUGAAACCUUUCAAAUGUGAUCAAUGUGGGAAGUGCUUCAGAAACAAGAAGUUAAUGACAGAUCACCAGCGUCUGCACAAUGAUGACCGGCCUUACAAAUGUGACCAGUGUGAUAAGUCUUAUAAACAGUCCCAGCAUCUAUCAGUUCACUACCAAACCCACACAGGAGACAAACUGUUCACCUGUGACUUCUGUCUGAAGAUUUUUAAAACUCCACGUGAAAUGGCAAUGCACAGAUGGACUCACACUAGAGAAGAGACCGCCUACAGAUGUGACCAGUGUGGCAAGAGCUUUUCUCAGACCAGUGCUUUGAAACGCCACAUGAACAUCCACACUCGAGAUCAAAAGUACACCUGUGAGGAGUGUGGGAAAGCAUUUAAUGACAAAAGCACGCUCAGGACCCAUAUGAGAAUCCACACUGGAGUGAAGCCUUUUGAGUGUGACCAGUGUGGGAAGAAGUUUAGCAUCAAACGCUCACUCCGAAGUCACCAGCAAUGUCACAGCCUUUAAAACCUGAAAAUACGUCUUUAUUCAUGUCCAAAUUCACAAGGAGGCGACCCCUGACUGUUGGGAGGGUGGCGGGGCCUUUUCAGACUUGUAUUGACCUUAUUCACUAUCCACUUUCUUUGUGGUGGAACUUCGGUUAAGUAGGAAUCCCAUUCAAUUCAAUUGAGAAUUUGAGAAAAGUUUUGCAUUUAAAAUCUGAUAUAAAGUAGUGCUGGUUUGUAUAAAAUGCUCUAUGUUCAUGUCUUCCACAAGUUAACACUGCACUGAUUCUCUUAGGCUUUAAAACGUCUUUGUGGUUUAAAUAGAACUUAUUUACCGUCAAGAUCAGCAGCCCCAUGCAAAAUAAGACAACUGCCGAAUGACGAUGGCAGUGCCCACGAAAACGUCUGGAAUAAGUUGAAUAUUCUAGAGAGGCACAUGACCAGCCACAAACUGAGGGCCAUAUAAAUGUGUGCCCAGCAGGUGGAAGUCUUUGAGUCUGCCACUGUUGCCAAUGGGACGUGCCUAAAACUAGAGAAAGAAUAUUAAUUUUUUUUUUUUUGGUAAAAAAAAAAGUGUGUUAUUUCUAUUGUUGAUGACCUUUUAACAUGCUUGACUACCUUUGCGUUGGCAUUUUAUGUUUUAGAACUUUAAAAAAUGGCUAUCUUUUGACAGCAGACUCCUUGUUUCUACUAUAUUUCUACAAUAGUGACAACUGAGGCUGCGUCGGCAUCUACUGGAUGCAGAGAGAAUUACAUUUUAAAGUUUUGUUUCUGAGGUCAGAGAUAAUUUUUGGGCACAGAUUUUUUUUCAGCUGGGUCAGCUCAGUUUUGGUCUGCAAGCAUUACCUGUUUGAAAAUGUCCUGUUUUAUCACCAAGAACAAAUACCAGGCAGGCCUUUGAUUUUCAGUGAUGUGUUUGAGUGAUAUGUUCUUUUGCACACAAUAAAACCCACAUUGACAAUG